AUGGCGACUGUUGGCUGCAGAUAUUUGGAACAUCUUGGGCGCAAACAACUCGUCCACCAUCCGCAAACAACGGAACCGACGAGAUUUGUCGAGGUUCAUCGAGGGCGGAUGUGGGCUGAUGGUUCGGUUAAACUUCCUCGCCCGUCGAUUCCCCUGCACCCUUACGAGAUGAUUCCGAUUGAGUUGCUCAUUUGCGAAACAAAACCAUCCAUCUCCCCAAAUGGACUGGUGAGGCAACAUUGUUUCAUUGUUCCUCGUGGUCUGAUCUGCUCUCAUUUUGAAGCGAGGGAGAUUCAACAUCCGCCUUCGAAACGCGACCCGGUCGUGAAGAAAACAAUAAUGAGAGGCUUGGCACCUGCUGCUUCUGGGAAGCCGCAGCCUCGUCCUGCAGUCACCGUGACAGAUACAAUGCGGAAUUUGCCACUCAGACAUCACCGCUCCCAGCAAAGAGGUAACCAGCCAGCGACCAGCGUCUCAGCCCAGAGAUCAAGGGCUGAUCACAAAAAAGAACGAGCCAUCCCCAAGCCCGCAAAUCAGAGCGCGCCUGGCUCACCGUUGCAGAGGAAAUCCCCGCUUAUUCAAGUUGUGUUCUUUUUUGAGGCCGCGCAACGAUCCGAUUAG